AUGACGCCGGGGGGGGUGGGCGCGGAGGCCGGGGGGGGUCCCUCCAGCCUGCGGGCCUUCGCCCACAGCUCCUCGCUGCACGGCAUCAGCCACGUCUUCGCCUACGGGGCCGCCUCGCUGCGGCGGGCGCUCUGGGGGGGCUUCUUCCUGGGGUCCCUGGGGCUGCUGGGGCUGGUGUGCGCCGAGCGCGUCGCCUACUUCCUCUCCUACCCCCACGUCACCAAGCUGGACGAGGUGGCCGCCCCCAACCUCACCUUCCCGGCCAUCACCAUCUGCAACCUCAACGAGUUCCGCUUCUCCAAGAUCACCCGCAACGACCUGUUCCACGUGGGCGAGCUGCUGGCCCUGCUCAACGAGCGCCAGGAGAUCUCGCACCCGCAGCUGGCCGAGCCCCGCGUCCUGGCCGCGCUGCGCGACAAGGCCAACUUCCGCGGCUUCAAGGCCAAGCCCUUCAGCAUGGCCGAGUUCUACAACCGCACGGGCCACGACCUGGCCGACAUGCUGCUCCAGUGCUCCUUCCGCGGCGCCGGCUGCUCCCCGCGAAACUUCACCGUGGUGAGUCGCAGCCCACGACCCCCACAGGGACCCCCCUGCCCCCCAUGGCGUGUCCCACCCAUUGGCAUGGCCAACAGACCCCACCAGGUCCUCUCCUGCCCCAUGGCACAUCCCACCCACUGGGAUCCUCCCAGGACACCCGGGGCCUCCCCUGCCCCCCAUGGCACUUCCCCCCCAUUGGCAUGGCCAACAGACCCCGCCAUGUCCUCUCCUGCUCCCCACAGUGCAUCCCACCCAUUGGCACCCCCCUGGGACCCCUGGGGCCUCGUCUGCCCCCCAUGGCACAUCCCACCCACUGGGAUCCUCCCAGGACACCUAGGGCCUCCCCUGCCCCCCAUGGCACGUCCUACCCAUUGCCAUGGCCAACAGACCUCACCAUGUCCUCUCCUGCCUCCCAUGGCACAUCCCACCCAUUGGCACCCCCCCCAAGACCCCCAGGGCCUCAUCUGCUCCCCACGGCACAUCCCACCCAUCGGCAUGGCCAAGGGACCUCCCCAGGUCCUCUCCUGCUCCCCACAGCACAUCCUACCCCCUGACACCCCCAGAGCCUCACCUGCCCCCCAUGGCACGUCCCACCCAUCGGCAUGGCCAAGAGAUGACCCCAUGUCCUCUCCCACUCCCCAUGGCACAUCCCACCCAUUGGUACCCCCAAGGGACCCCCAUCUUGGGUACGGGAUGCUCUGGGGCACAGGGUGCUGGUGGUCCAGGAUGCUCUUGGGUGAGGGAUGGUCUUGGAUACGGGGUGCUCAUGGCCAUGGGCAUCCCCCUGGACCCGGUGUGGGGUGGGAUGGUGGUCCCCAUGGCGGGAGGGGUGUUGUUGGCCGCGGUGGCCAUGCCCCCCCCGCCCCCCCAGACUUCCUGGUGCAGCGGGACAGCGAGUUCUGCGCCUGCCGCACGCCCUGCGCCAGCGUGCGCUACGGGAAGGAGCUCUCGAUGGUGAAGAUCCCCAGCAAGGCCUCGGCGCGGUACCUGGCCAGGAAGUUCAACAAGACCGAGCAGUACAUCGCGUGAGUCACCUGCACCGCGGCCACCGCGGCCACCAACACCGCGGCCACUGACACCGCCACCAUGGCCACCAUGGCCA